GAGGCAAUUUAAAAAAAUAGCAAACAAACAAAAAAUUGAAAAUGGUCGGCUGAAAUUUCCAGUUUGGCACGUGAAUUAAAUCGUUUAGUUUUUAUUUUCGUUGGAAUCAACAAGCCACCGCCAAGCUGGGUGCCAAAACGGUGGACAGGUUCCUGUGUUUAGCAGACGAUAAUUUUGUUGAAGAUGUAAAAGACGAUCUAAAAUGUUUUAUAGCAGAAAAAAGAGUUGACAGCGUGCUGGUGUUCCCACCGGUGAGCAACUACCGGCGUUUCCUGAUCCACCGUUGUGUGGAGGAGCUUGGCUGCCCGGAGCUCGCCACAUUCUCCAUUGGGGUGAGCGACGAGCGCAGGACAGUGCUCUGUUUUAGGGAGAAGAUACUCCGGGAUGAAGCUUGUGCUCUGCCGACCAUGGGAUUGACGCAGACCGAACGCGAAGAUGCCAACAUAUCACACUCGGACGCGGCGGUGGGGUGCAAGCCGGCGCGCGCGCAGCCUCAAGGAAAGAUCAGAUCUGGUCCAACGAAGCCUCGUCGCCCCGACCGCGCCGUAUACGUCCCCCGCGCGCUCCGCACCGCCGACAGCUCCGAGGACAAACCGGACCCCAAGCGACCACCAAAAGCCUCCAAAUCGCCCACCAAAGACAAGUCCCAGCCCACCACCCCCCGGCGGUCCAUCGACAAGACCUACUGCAACGUCUACACCCCCCCGCACCUCCGGAACACCAGGCCCACGGCACCCAGCAUAGACUCACCAGCGCCGACCGACUCCGUGCCUUCAGUCUGCCAAGUGCCAAAUAGUGAUAGUGCAAUAUCGUUCAGUGAUAAUAGUUAUAACGAGAUAGACGAUAGUAGUUUUUAUAUAGGAGAUUAUUUCGCCAACGGACAACUCGGGCUGUACGCGCCCGACUAUUAUAACGAUUUCGUCAGAUAUCCGACCGAAGACAACGACUGGAGGACUAAUGAGUCCGAUGUAAAUAUGGCCGUACCUGAAACGAACCAGAGCAAUAUUAUAGAUAACGGAUAUUUAUAUGAUAAAGAUGAGGAUGUUGAAGAGAAAGAGUUGAAGCGAGCUUCUCAAGAAAUUAAUAGAAGCAACAAGAGAAUAAUUAAACAGAGCUUCGAUUCAGAUGUUCUAGUUAUAUCCGACCCGGUCGAGGCAGAAUGCGAGCAGGAACGACCAACUGAAGCGAUUAACGAGGAAGAAAAAAAGGAACCGGAACCUAAGAAGCUAAAACCACAACUAGAAGCUAAAGUCUCAUUAAAGCGCGAGGAGAACGAUUGGGAUGCCGUGUUCGACGACAGCGGAGAAUGCCUCGACCCAUCACUGCUAGAGGAACUCACCUCAACUGUGGGAAAUGUUCACAUAAGCAAGGCAAAGAACAGUUACGAACAGUACCAGACCAGGGGCCAAGCCUUGUUCAACGGUCCGUACGACGAGACUUUCGGUCACGUGGUGGAAGUGUAUGACUUUCCUAGUGAGUUUAAGACGAACGACUUGUUCUCGGUGUUCAGUGAGUACAAGGACACCGGCUUCGAGAUCAAGUGGGUGGACGACACGCACGCGUUGAUUGUCUUCAGCAGCGCCAAAAUUGCUGCGGAGGUGCUCCGAACACAGAGGCAGCUAGUCCGGUGUCGGCCGCUGCAGGAGGCCACGCUCGAGUUCCGCAACAAGGACAAGAAGUGCGCCGAGUUCCUUCAGCCCUACAGACAGCGUCCGGAGACGUGCACGGCGCUGGCGCGGCGGCUGGUGUCGGGCGCGCUGGGCGUGCGGCUCAGCACGGCGCGCCAGGAGCGCAUCGAGGAGCGCCGCCUCAUCACGCAAGCCAGAGAAAAGAAGCGGCAGGCAGCGCUGCACAAGGAGGCGGCGUGGGACGGCUCGCUCGCCAACACGUCCGUCACCGACACUUGAGAUGGCGAGCGGCCCCGGAAUCCAAGCACUUCCUUUACUUAGAAGACGAGCUCUCAAUUAGGACAAUUAUUUCUACCGUUACUAGUAUAUAUAUAGGUAUUUUUUUAAAAGGAUGUUAGAGAUUAUAGCCACGCUCAAGAGGUUUCAGCCUUAAUCUAUGUGUCAUAAGGUAUAUUGUCGCGUAAUGUUAACUUCUAUCUCAAUGUCGUGAGCUUCCUAUGUGACUUAGCCUAGUUUUUUUUGUUAUUUAUGUAUACUUUGCAAGGUGUUGUGACUGUCUUGUUGUUGUCCUUUUAAUAUCCAAUUUACGUUUGAGACAAGUUCAAUAACGAUGUUCGAUUUCAACAGGGGGUCUAGACAAGAUGACAGUCAUUGGUAGAAAACGCCAAUCGAAACUAUGGCGUUUGUCGAAACUAGGCCCUCCAAAUAACAUGUUAACUUCUACAGGUGUCGAUCUUGACCUAAAAUUACGUCACUGUCACUGGACACUGAAUAUAUCAGCUUUAACUUAUGAUAGCCUAUCCUAUCAUAUACCUAAACUUCUCGUUUAUUAAUUAUAUAUUCAAUUUUAAUUUUCUGUUGUAUGUGUUGCAACAUACAAAUCUUAAUACAAAACCAGCUCCAUAUAAUAUCUGUGGCGUCUCUCUCGUAGAGGGAUAUCAUGCAAAACACCAAUGUUUCUACCUUAUAUAACUAUUUUAUAUUGUAUAGUAUUGUUUACACCAAAUAUUAGUAUCUAUUAAGUUUAUUAGCUUAAUAACUCUUUUAGAAUUAACGUAAUUAGGAUUCAUUUCAUGGUUCAUUGGCCAUUUCACUCAUUAAUGAAUUCAAAUAAAAAGGGACCUUAUAAUUUCUCGAAUAAAAUGUUAUAAUACAUAUGUUGAUUCUAUUGUUCAGUUAAUACCAUAUUUAAGUUUUGUCACAUAUGCCAAAUAUGUAAUAAAAUUAAUAAUAAAUGAUUAAUUAAUAUGCAAAAUCAGUCACACUAAUAUAUUGGCAAUAAUAUAUUAUGACUCAUUAUAAAAGCAUAAUAGCGACAUUAUAAUGUUUUAAAAGAAGUAUCAAUCAACUAUGGAGUUUUUUGCCGGUUCAUAUUGGUACACUUGAUAAACUCAAAUUGAGGAGGGACUAUCUUCUCAGAGGUGUAGGGUUAGAGCCGGUGUAGCUUUAUUUGACGUUCAUAAGCGCAUUAUAAUAUACCUACUUGAAAAAUUAACUAUCGUUAUUUAUUACUUAUAACUGCUACUAAAUUAUAUGUUUGGUAAAUCCCAUAAAAUGAGGGAUUUAUCGUUGACCAAAUGACCAGGGGAACGUAACCAUGACAACGAGUAACAGGAAAAAGUAAAUUCACCCAUAAGUACUAUUUGGUUGCCCGCUCGUGAAAUGGUCCUUGAACCUUUCGAUGUUUUGUUGUGAGUUUCGUGCCUUUCGUAUCUAGUCUGGUUGUAUGUAAAGAAGGCAACAAACCUCUUGGCGUUCAAUAGAGAUAUUAGAGAAUAUUUGUAAAAUCUACAGUUAUUUUAGUGGAAUUACGAAUGAAAACUGCGUUCAGUUCUAAUGAAGAUGAGCCCGCGAUUUGGUCAAGCACGGCUACCAUGAGUUGACGGUUACGCUAGCGACUGCGUGAACUCGAUCGCAGUCCACUCGCAAUGCUCGCAUUCAUACUCGUAAGUGGUCGAUAAGGGCAGCUAAUGAGUAGAGAUGCCCCGAAUAGUGAAUUUGGCCAAAUACCGAAUACCGAAUAUUCGGCCCCACUCUCGGCCGAAUACCGAAUAUUCGGCGACCGGAUAUUCGGCAUGACGUGCGAACAUUUUGAGUCACAAUUAUUAUGAAAACUGUUCGCCACAAAGCACAACGUUUGCUAAGAUAUAUUUUUAUGUUGAACAGAAUUAAUUAAUGUAGUUAGAGUCAAUCAAAUCAGACCCAUGAUAAAAAUAAAAUAUUUUUUAAAUCAACAAAUGCUCAAAAAGGUACCUUCGUAUUUAACGACUUUCCAAGAAUACAUUUUAAGUAUUAAAUAAACCUAGUUUUAGUAAUUUUUUGUGUAAUUUUGCUUUUUAGGUAGGUGCAACAGAUAUUCGGUAUUCGGCCGAAUAGGAGGCAACAUUCGGCCGAAUACCGAAUAUUCGGAAAAGUGGCCGAUUAGGCCGAAUACCGAAUAGUUGCCGAAUAUUCGUGGCAUCUCUACUAAUGAGCUAGUGGAGAUCCUCAAGGAAGCUUUAUCUUGCAGUUGUGGUCGUUUUUAUUCUGUAAUGGUAUGUUGUUGGUCUAAUGGAGGUAGCACACGGCUACUUUAUGCAGCAGUAGCGAUGCAUUCGCAAAAAGGCCGCGACACAGUCACGAUGCCGUCGCUGGGCAUAUACCCUCGCAGACGUAAACACCAUUCUAGAUCGAGAUACAGCAUCGAUACAGACAUUACAGACACGAUUCAGUAUCGAAUGCAGUCGCGAUGUAGAAUUCAUUCAGACGCGGUUGUCUCUAAUAGUGGAAUGUUGAAAGGAGAAAUAAUUCACAUUAAACGUGGUAACAUUCGUUAUUCUACUGUAAUAAUAAAAUAGUCAUAUCGUAGUUUUAAAAGUUGAAGCGUGAUUUACGACUGUUUAAGAUCAAUGUCUCCUUUUAAAAUAGAAUAAGCUGGUAGAACACCCGUCGUAGAAAUAUAUAUUUUUACAUCCGUACUCUUGUUUCUAUGACUCAUUGUUAAUUUAGGCUAAAUAUUCUAUGGAUCGGAUCUCCCUUUCAUUCAUUAAUGGUCCGACAGAAAUAAAAGAUGCCCACAUCUUACUCUAGUACAGUCAGGUGUAAAAAAUUUUGAGUAAGUUGUAUGAACCCAAUACAACUUACUCAAAAAUAUGUCCCAUAGCUCUUAAUUCCCUGACUUAAGAGCUAUGAGACAUAUUUUUGAGUAUGAUGAGUGCACCCAUAUUUUUACACUGGGCUGUACAUAAUAAAACGUCACAGUACACAAAUCUCAGGUCCUCCCAGUCGGUUUAUAACGACUUUAAAAUGUUGUGAAUAUUAUGAUCUCCUAGUUUUUUCGAUAGUAAUUCGAUUUGAUACUGUUUACUGUCACAAUUAUUAAAACUAAAAUGGUUACCAGCAUUAACGACCAAAGAUCUGAAAAAGGGUUUACAAUGAAAUUUAAAUGUUGCACAAAUGAUCUAAAUACGGAAUGUGGUAUUGAUUUUUUUAUUGACCACUAAAUAUGUUUCGUAUGAAAUGGCCUCAAAUAUGCAUGUUAAUAGACUAUACUGUAUUAAGAUUAUAUACUGUAAAUGUGCUAGUGAUUCACCUAAUCCUUGAGCAAACAUCCAUUGAUUGUGUAAGACGUUUAAAAUAAGUUGUGUUUGGUAUGUUGUCAGAAAUGUUAAAACGUAUUUUGAAGUGAAAACUUCUUUAGCGGCGCUGAGCACUUUUUGAGGUGGGGAAAAAAUGAUAAACUCGAGACAGCGUAACGCGUAACGGGUAACGCGCUGACGUCAUGUGUGACGGACAAUGUUAUUCACCAAAAAGAACUUUAGUCAUAACGUAUCAUAAUCAGGUCAAUUAUUUAAAACUGGACUUAUAUAUUAAGCAAUAAAGCUCAAUGUUCUAAUCUUGUACGGGCUGAAAUACGAGGAUCUCACAGUUACAUUCUAACUUUAUAUCACUCCAAUAUAAUUCAAUAAAGCUACAUCUUGAUGAAAUCGCUAAUAAAAGUGAACUCUAGUACUGGUGAAUAAAACUCAAAAUAUCAUGAAUCAUGACCAAAUAUAUUUAGAUGCGAGGUCUGUAAGGUAACUUUACAAUUUCUAUUCGAAUUUUAAACAAUUUACGCUACAAAUUUAAGCUCACUGGCCAGCAAUUUCGGAACUAAAGUUUUUCAAUAGAAAGGAGGAUGGGUCAAUUAUACAUUGUGCUGCAGACAUUUUGGACUAGUCAUUGAGUUUUCACUUCUGUCGGCACUCCCGGAGUGCAACCCGUUGUUUUUAACAAGCUUUUAUUAGGUCGACCUGUAUGUAACUAACUGUAAUGGAAUCUAAGGUAACUAAUUUAACCAUCUUCCAAGGAUCGUAGCGUCAUGAAAAUUGGCAGCUGUAUGUAGUUCUGAUCAUGGUAUAAUAAUAUACUUCGCCUGGUACUCUAUUCCGAGAUUCGCGUAUGACCUAACUGACACGGGCCUACGUCAUCAUGCUGUUUACAGGUUCUCAAACUUUAAAAUGUGGGAGAAUUUUAACCAACGGUGAAAAUUUAUUUUACCGGCAUUAAUUUUAAGUUAUUCAUGUAGAAACAUAGUAUAAUAAAACAAAUCUAAUGUAUUAAAUUAAACUUUAUUUAUCUAUACAGGACAAACGUUUGAAAAACUAAUUCACAGUUACACAUUAAUUACCAAGCUUACGGCGUGAAAAGUUUGGAAAACACUGCGACUGCUGGUUCUGAUGACAAUACAAUAAUAUGGUACUGUCGAACUGAUCUGAUGAUGGAGACAGGAGGUGGCUAUAGGAACUCUGUGAUGAAACAACGCAACCUAAUUGUGUUAGGGGUUGUUAGAAUUGUCUCGAUGAGUAUUAGUUGUCUGUCGUAAGAAAAGUACAGUCAGCGAUAAAAGCUUGUACCAAAAAUGAAAUUUUUGCCAAAAACUUAUUUUUAAUUUCAUCGUAUUGCGUAUGUUCUGUCCCUCACGACACGAGGGCACGCGCAUGGGCCCAUCUACAGAGAAUCCUACAUCUAAGGCGCCAUCAUGUUUUAUGGUGACUGAUUUGUCAAACGUCAACUUUUCGAAUCCAGAGUGUACGGAGCCGCACAGUGCCAUCUACAAUGGCUGUCAAGCACGAAAUCGUCUUACACUUUUUACAUGUAACACAAUCAAUGAAUUUUGCGAAGGUAUAUCCAUAUGUGACGUUCCACGGCAAAAGGUACCUUAUGGCGGCUGGCGCUUACGUCACAUAGCGCCGCAAUAAUAUUGGAGCGGCGUUAAUAAUAGCGUCAGCUACAAUCGCCAUAAGGUAUCUUUACCCGUGGUUUACAUAUUGCCUACUAUAGCGCAUUUACAAUGGAUUGUAGUCUUAAUAGAGUCUGUGCGGAAAGAGGUCGUGAAAUGUAUGGAGCCCAAUACAUUCCACGACUUCUUUUUCCGAACAGACUCUAAAAUGUAUGUUUUCUCUAAGUGCAAAAUUAAAUUAAUUUAUUUAACUUUCUGCAAUAAGGCAGCGUUUUUUAUAUAAUUAAAUUCAUCAUCAUAAUGUAACAGUAAAUGUUCAUAUUCAAUAGAAAAUGUACGUACGCGUACGAAAUAACUUUUACUCCUACGACGAUAGUCUCAUCCUCAUUUUAAUUUGUUUUUGUUUUAACAUUAACACUUGAACAAUGUGCAAUAUAAAUAGGUAACAUUUUCUGUCUCAACCAGCCGUCCGUUUUGUUAUUCUUGUAUUUGAUAUUCUUUUAAGAUUAUAGUAUGUGUUAGCGUUCCACGGAAACGCUGAGUAAGUCUCUCAGGCUUUUGUUAUUUUCCUACAAUUUGUGUUUAAAACAGUGGUGGGCAAACUUUCUUCAUGGGGGGCCAGAAAGUUUAAAAAAUUUAAGUGGAGGGCCAGAAUUGUAGCCGAAAUUUAUUUUGAUUUGUAAUAAAUUGAUAAUCGUGGGCCAAUGCCAAAUACUAAUUAUUUCAUAGGACCGGCGGCGGGCCGGAUAAAAUCCAUUCGCGGGCCGCAGAUGGCCCGCGGGCCGUACUUUGCCCACCACUGGUUUAAAACCACAUGAACCAUAAAUUGAUUCUGAACCUUAAAGCAAAGUGAUAGGGUUUAAUUACAUAAGUGACCCCGUUGAAGGGUUAAAUCCACUUACUAGUGAGACUAAGACAUGUUUAAAAAUGUCUACUAAAGCCAAAUGAGCCUACACUAAAAAAAAGAGAUGAGUUAGACCAAGAAAAGGCUGCAACGAUUUUGAUAGCACGCGCAGUGCAAGUGUUAUUUAUACGUCAUAAUUUCGUAGAAGUUUGACGUUUAAAAUAACACUUGCACUGCGUGUGCUAUCAAAAUUGUUGCAGAAUUUUCUUGGUCUAACUAUACGUACUUUGGUUGCCAAUUCAUUGGUAUUUUAUCUGUUUGAAGACGCAUUACAAUUUUUCCUCGUUAGAGGCCAAUUUUCGUGCUUUUGAAUUUAGGGUUUCAUUUCUAUAAGAAUUCAAAAGUAGAAUUCAAUUUGUACUUGUACCAGUACGCCGGCACUUACAAGGUAAAAGUAGUCACGAAAAAACUGAGAGAUAAACUUGUACUGUUUCCGUGGAACCUCCUACCCAACUCUAUUACAGAAGUAGGUACCGAUGAAGCCUUACAAACCCCCAGAAAGACGUAAAAUAUCUAUUUAUGGUACAUCGAUAUGCGAUCUGUGUGUACAAAGGCAGAAAACGAUAUUUUUGUAAUAACGAAAAGUUAUUGUGAAAUGAUAUUAUUAUUACGUAUAAUAAAUAUUGUCUGAUUGACCAAA